AUGCGGUCGAAGCGUGUGCUACUUUUGCUCUAUCUGACGGCCUUUCUGUUUUUCCUAGGAGAAAAUAUUCAACAAGCCCCACGAACCCAAAUUUACGAGACUAUUAUCUGCCACCGUAUGCUGCCAUGGAACUCGGAGGACACACCAGCAAGGGAAGGUUGCAAAAGCAAGGCUGUCCAAGAGGAAUUGGCCUUCCUCAAGGGCGCAGAGAGAGUAUUUGGGGCAUUACCGACCAUUCUCGUGAUUCCGUGGAGUAUGUUCGCCGAAAGAUAUGGCCGCUACCUUUCCUUGAAAUUGGCGUUACUUGGAGUCCUGUGCGAAGAGACAUGGAGCUGUCUCAUCUGCUGGUUCUCAGACUCGGCCCCGAUCCGCCUCAUCCUGCUUGCGCCCUUAUUCGAAGUCAUUGGUGGGGGUCCUGCCAUCAUCAUCACUAUUAUACAUUUAAUGGCCACCGACGUGACUACGGCUGAAACGCGGACAUCAACCUUUUUUGUUAUUCGCGCCAUGGCAAUUGCAGCGGCCAUCCUAGCCCAGCUCGUGAGCUCGUUCCUCAUGACUCGUAAUGUGUGGGUGCCAUGGCUUUUAGGAUUACUCUGCAUUCUUCUCGCGGUGUUUGCCGUCCCGUUUGCACCAAACCUCUCCACUGAGAGUUCCCUGAAUGAGAAUGCCGUGCUCAACCCAGGGCAACAUAUUGCGCGUGGUAUGGGCACAUUGAGUCCCGAUGGAUCCCUUAGCAGCAAACAGGCUAGUAUUCGAUCUCGUCUCCUCUUGUUGGCGAAGCAAUUCCAUGAAGGGGCACGGGUUGUCUACGGGAAUUCUUCGCUCAUCGUAUUAUUAUCGAUGUCGUUCUUGGGCGAGCUCUGUGAGGAUUCGCUUGCUAUGGUCUUGUUGCUGUACAUUUCGAAAAGGUAUGACUGGGAAUUUGCUCAGGCCAACAUUUUAUGGGCUCUCGGAGAGGCUGUCCAGUUUGUGUUCCUGAUCAUCCUUCUUCCGCAAAUAAGUAGGAUGCUCUUAGCUCGUUUUAGAAUGAAUGCAUAUGCAGCGGAUUUUACGAUAUCUCUUGCCAGUACAACUAUGCUUAGUUUGGGUAGUUUGUUACUCGGACUGGGCGUUUCUAUACCCGUUGCAAUCAUAGGAGUCAUUCUGAUGUCGACAGGGGGAGGACUUCAGUCGGCACUGCGGUCUCUCGUGACUAUGGUCAUUUCUCCGGAUGAAAUCAGUGUUGUCUACUCCAUUUUCACUAUCCUCCACGUUUUGAGCUCUUCCUUAGUAGGCCCAUUAUAUUCAGGUGCCUUUACUUUGGGAUUGAAGUUCGGGACUGAGUACACUGGGCUUCCCUUUGUAGUGGCUUCCACCCUAGCUGGUCUAUCCUUGCCACUGUUUUUGUUUGUUCGACCCCGUCAUAACUAUGAACCAGUACAGGAGGCUAGCGAUUGA